AUGGAAAGUCUUGUUGGGACUUGCACUCGUGUCGAUAGCCGGAUUGUACUACCACCACGCCCUGCCUUUUUAUACCGUCCACUGACACUUGCCUCGUCCAAUUUGGUUCCGUUAUUUGAUCAAUCCAUCGCUUGUUCUGGCCUUCGUGAUUCGUCCAAAAUGACCGUAUUCGACAGGCCUUCUGGCGGGUUCCCUAAUGUAGAUGCACCAUGA